AUGUCGGCAGCGGGGUCGGCUGUGGCUAUGAUAAACGCGAACCUGCGUUUCGGGCCAGCGGGUGCACCGAACUCUUCACUAGUCAAUAACACCAGGCAUUGUCCCCCGGGCGGCGCUGCCAGUGCGGCGGCUCUACUGGCGCUCUCUGGGCUGGGAAUGUCAGCAAAUAUAGCGUUGAUGGCGGUCAUACUCAGCAAAAAACAGCUUAGAAGGUGGUCGCACGGACUUUUGUUUCACCAAGCGGUUGUGGACUGUGCGCGCGCUGCCAUACUUCUGCCACUCGGCAUCGCCGUGUUCCGAUGUCAGCCUGUAUACAAAUGUUCACUGGUAGAAACUGCCUUCCUUUUACUUGUAACAGUAUCUACAGUAAAUAUGCUGACGACGGUCCUCAACGACAGCCCCAUUUUUCCUGAAAACGAAGAAGAACAAGCUGAUUUAUCGGCGCCCUUACUAAUGGAUAGUCCGCAGUGCGUCCUGUUCGGUACAUUCAUGAUAUGGUUCGCGUCAAUUACAAUAAACCUUGGGCCAACUUUCUUAUCCGGAGCUUUGGCGGCAAGUGCAGGAUCUUAUGGUUCCUAUGGCCCUUCCCCAUCAUGUCCCUUGGUUCGAGGACCGUUUAGACAUUACGUCCUUAACGCCCUUUGGAUAGGCGUCAACGCUGUCUGCGUUGGAUUGACUUUAUUCCAUUUAAAGAAGCUUCAUCGUGACCUCACUAAGGCUAACGUAGAAGCUGUUCGAGUAGCUGGUCUAGUGACCACGCUCGUCAGUAUGGCCGGAGACAAUAGGCGUAUGGAUUCGCUUCCCAACAGCGUUGGACCGAGGACAGUAGACGGUGCGUUGGCAGACGGUCAAUGCCGUCCCACCGGGAGUGCUAACUUGCCUCUCGGAGGAGGCCGCAGGUUAAGAGGAUAUCUUGCAAGAGUAGAGCGCGAAGGAGUACGACGUGUACGAAUGUUCCUAGUUAUUACUGCAGCUUAUGUCCUGUUCUGGGGACCACUAUUUAUUAUAACUCUACUUCAUCACCCGGCUUUGACAUCACAUGUAGCGUACGAGUUAUACUUUCAAAUCACACUCCACAUCUCGUACGUGCACGCGGCUGUAAACCCUCUACUGUUCCUCGCGCUGCACCGGGCUUUGCGCCGGGCGACAUUGCAAUUGUGCUGCGGUUGCUGCGUUCACUGGAGUCAGUUUGUUCUGGCUCUCACUGCAGCCGCCCAGUCUCCUCUCGCACCGUCAUCUUUCUCUCCGGCGGCGGCUUCUCCCGAGCCUCCCCCCGCGCCCCCUCCCCCGAUGGCGCCGCCCGCGCCCCCGCACUCCGCGCCGACGCCACACACGAUGAUGGGAGACGAGGAUAUGAUGCAGUGGAGUAGUGUGCGGAGGCCGCCGUCGCCGAGCCCGCUCCUCCCCGCCGUA